AUGACUGUCUAUUUUAUCGCAGGAGCUUCAAGAGGAAUUGGUCUGGAAGUUGUAAGACAACUGAGCAGCACCCAAAGCAAUCACGUGAUCGCUAGCUACCGGUCUAAAAACACUGCUCAAGACCUAUUCGAGCUGUCUAAACAGAAGAACGUCGACCUUGUCGAUCUCGAUGUGGAUGAUGAAAAAUCCGUUGACCUGUUGUCUUCCAAAUUGGAGAAGCUCACAUCGGUCAUUGAUGUUGCUGUCCUCAACGCUGGAAUCGGGAAAAACUAUGCUUCCGUCAUCGACACUCCACGUGACGCAUGGAUUCAGCACUUUGUUACCAACACUUUGGGUCCAAUUGCUGUUUUCAAACAGAUUCGUGAGCUCGUUUUAAAGUCAACGAUCCGUAAGGUUUACUUCACUUCAAGUGCGGCAGGCUCAAUCCAAAACUACAUUUCGUUCCCUAUAGCAGCAUACGGUACAUCCAAAGCGGCUUUGAACUUUGCUGUGAAAGAGCUUACUGACGAGAUCCCGGAGAUUACUUUUGUGAUGUUCCACCCUGGUCUUGUUCCCACCGAGCUUGUCAUGAAUCCACUGGACGCAAUGAUGGAGGAUGAGGAUGCAAAGAAGGCUUUCCUUGCAUUGAGUCUGACUCCUGCACAAAGUGCAACCUACAUUAUUGCGGCCAUCAAUUCGAACAUCAAAUCUGGUAGAUUUAUCAGGGUCGAUGAUCAAACUGACAUCCCAUUCUAA